AUGUCAUUUCAUAGAAAAACUAAAAUAAUAAAUUUCUAUUACAAUAUCAGUGGAGCACCACUCGAGAAGGUUCAUCGACAGCGAGAUUUGGGACUGAUGCUGGACCCUGCUCUCACGUAUAAUAAUCAUAUUGAUUUUGCUAUUGGUAAAUCGUUAAAAGCUCUCGGUCAGAUUGUGCGAUCUGGUUCGGUCUUUUUUAAUCUGCGCGUUCUCAGGAUAAUGUUCUUUGCUCUCGUCAGGCCACACAUGGAUUUAUUAUCACAAAUAUACUUUCCCCAGUAUGAAUAUCAGAAGGUGAGGCUUGAGAGAGUUCAGAAUAUUUUCUUGAGAUUUGCUGCUAGACAGCUUAGUGUGCCUUAUGACUAUUUUAGUCACGAUUAUGAGGAGUUGCGGUCGCAGUUUAGGAUUCCAUCAAUUCGUAGUAGAUUUUUAAAGGCCGAUUUAGAAUUUUUUUAUGGAAUCCUAAAUGGAAAAAUAGAUUGUCCAUCAUUAUUAUCUGGAAUCUCGCUGUCAGUUCCUUAUAUAUUUUUAAGAAAUAGUGCAAUUUUUAAAGUGCCUUUCAGUCGCACAAAUUUGGGAAGCAAUUCACCUCUUACUCGGCUUUGUCGAGAGGCUAAUUAUGCCCAAAGUGUAGACUUUUUUAACGCUUCUAAAAGUCGAUUUGCGCAGGAGCUUUUAAAGCACAUAAAUAGCAAAACUUGA